AUGCAGACCCACAAUUUGACCUGGUGCAGUACAAUAGCGGUUGCACAAGCGGCUGUUUUUACCUGUGUGGACAAGGAGAUUAUCGUUUUGAAGAGAUUCGAGCGGGAUCGAAUCACAAAGGUCAAGAUCCCGUUGUAUGGAGGCAGCCAGAAAAUGGUUUGCAAAGUUGCCACUUCUGAGGAUACGGCGCACGCCAUUUUGCGCGAAAUUCAGUGCCUCCAGAUAAUCGCGGCUGCUGACCUCAAGACUCCUCUGACCCGUAUCCCAAAGCUUUUGAGAAUUGUUCGCUCUUCGGACCACGGCGGCGGCGUUAUAGGGCUCGUGGAGACGUAUGUGCCGCACACCGGCACACUCUCCGAUAUAGACCUUGAAAAGGUUCAUCUUAGUCAAAGAACGGGAUUGAUCCGCCAAAUCAAGGAAUCUAUCACGGAGCUUCAUCGAAUUGGAAUUACAUGGACCGACAUAAAAGCAGAUAAUAUACGUGUGAACAUCACAACGAACGAGGCUUGGCUUAUAUACUUUGGUGGCGGCGGUACUGACAAGUGGGCUGAUAUGAAGAAGCUCGGAACGGUUCAGGGGGAUUUAGCUAUUAUGCGCAAACUUGAAGACUAUCUAAAUCUAGGAGAACAGUAUCAUAUAACCAAAAGGUCGACUAUAUAA